GAGCGUCACACUCCCUUUAAGAGACGUUUGCCGUGACUCUUGCGUCUUUUUUUCUUUUCUCGAUCGCGCGUAAAUGGAUUUAGGCUGCAAUUAUCGAUCAGCUGUUCGAGGUAAACUUUAGGGUAUCGUAUUUAUUAAUAUAGCACGUAUUUGAACAAUUUACGUCGGCCGAGAUAGCCAAUGGGAGGGGGCAAGGAAAAAGGCGUCUAUAAUAAAGUGUGAUGCAGCUAAAAAAGAGGUGCAAAAUGGAUGCUGCUUGGAGCAAUUUUCUAUUUCAGACUACGCCAACCCAAAGUCAAGUUGAAGCAACUCUCCAAUCCGAUCUCCUCCCAGGUCUUGCAGGCUCUACCCAAAACGCACCUACAGAGCACAUAGGGUUACCGCCUUCGACCGUCGACACCGCGGCCCUAAAUGAAGAGCCUUUAACGUUACCUGUGAAACAUGUGUCUCGGCCGGUUCGUGCCGCCCACAUCUGCUCCUUGUGCAACAAGCAGUUCAAAAACAGCUACAACCUGCGGCGUCACCAGUCAGUCCACACAGGAAUUCGCAUGAAGGACAGAGCAGCCAGGGACAGGGAGGAGGGAAUCAAAGGUGGAGCACCGACUACAGCAGAGGGCAGAGUGGAGAGGCAGGCAGUUCCCCUUUCCCUGCUGCACCUCUCUGUUCCGCUUCCACCCCCAGCUGCAUCGGUGGUUCACCCGCCCUCUCUCAGUAACCAGGAUGGCGAGGCGGUUGCCAUGUCGGUUAGCCUCGCAAACGUUGCCAUGGCGAGCCCCCCACCUCCUGCUGCUGUGGUGGUGGCUGGAGCAGCAUUACAGCGCUCUGGAAAUGCCAGCCAGAACCCGGUGCGCAAAAACCACGCAUGUGAAGCCUGUGGGAAGGCCUUCCGAGAUGUCUACCACUUGAACCGGCAUCGACUGUCCCACUCAGACGAGAAGCCGUACUCCUGUCCCAUCUGUCAGCAGCGCUUCAAGAGGAAGGACCGCAUGAGCUACCACGUGCGCUCACACCAGGGAGGGGUGGAGAAGCCCUAUGUCUGCCCCCACUGCGCCAAAGGCUUCUCACGGCCUGACCAUCUCAACAGUCAUGUUAGGCAAGUUCACUCUACAGAGAGACCUUUUAAGUGUGAGACAUGCGAGUCCGCAUUCGCCACGCGGGAUCGGCUGCGCGCUCACAUGAUCCGGCAUGAGGAGAAGGUGCCGUGUCACAUCUGUGGCAAGCUGCUGUCAGCGGCUUACAUCAGCGAUCACAUGAGGGUCCACAACCAGUCACAGCACCACUCCUGUCACCUGUGCAAUCGCAGUUUCACCACUCUUACCUACUUGCGCAUCCAUGCACAGAAGCAUCACGGCCAGGAGUGGAAGGAGAGUGGGGGCCAGAGGGGUGUAUUUGGGGGCACGGGGCCCGGAGGUGUGCUUGUGUGCCAGCUCUGUGGGGUGCACUGCAAGACACCCAUCCAGCUGCAAGGCCACAUGGGGACUCACAAUAACGGGCAGAGCAGCGCCAGCCCCGCGGCCACCACCACCAGCUCCACUGCCUCCUCCAGCAUCUCGGCGGCCGUCUCCCUGGGCAGCGUGGUGUCCGCCUCCAGCGUGUUUGUCAGCGCCAACACCGAUGUGGGACUGCUGGUUUCGGACUGUUCCGGCAUAGCAGCCCAGUCCCACAGCUAGCGGGAGGGGGGGGGGGCAGGGGGGUGAAGUGAUGCAGAGAGGAGAGCCAAAAUGAGAAGCGGGGGUCACUAGAGCAUGUCGGGGGGGGGGGGGUAUCGUUUUCUUUCUCGUAUUUCUGUGUUGCUGUAUCUUGUCGCCACAUUGUGCAGUUACUGUUUGUACCAUCUGUAAAUGUCCUUCUGCUGGCACGUGGAGUGCAGCCACCUGCUUUCGCUCAUAUUUGGCUAUAGUACAAUGUCCAGUCUGAGUUUCUAAAAGCGUUUUUGUCUUUAGUUUGUCGCUGUCUUUUGAUCCUGAUGCUCCCUUGGUUUUUGUGGAUGUGUGUAAAGAUGAGUAGUCAGCUGUGGGCACUUAUGCCCCCCCCCCCCCUCCAGCAAAGUGGGAGGAAAAGGGUAACUGGGGGCUUACGAAAUGUCGCUCAGUUGGAGCGGGUUAAUCACUCUGUUGGCCGAACCCGCCAUUACUUCGGACGAUACAAUAACGACAGUAUUAGGAUGUUGUUUGUCGAAUGGGGCUUGUUCUCAUAGGAGAGGUAUUCAUACACUUUUCUUGAGCAAAAUAGGAAUCUGUAUUUUAUGGAGAUUUCACAGCAUAAUUCCUUUUCGCUUGCAGCUAAAGAAUUACAGGAAAAAAAUUAACUCUAAUUCUAAUGCAUUUUUAUGUAUUAAAUUUUUGAUGACUAGAACAUUAAUAAAGUUUUACUGCUGUAACCUGGAACAAUGCUUUGGCUAAUCACACCUACCCAAAAUAUUAAAUUUUACUGUAUUUUUUGUGUGUUUGUGUUGAUAAUAUACAAUUCGUAUAUAUAAAUAAUACAAGAAGGUCAGAAGUAUAAGGUACCUAAUUAUAUAGUUUGUUGUUGUAUAUGCGUUAAUGUGUCAUAUAUAACGUCAUUAUUGAUAUAUUUGGUGGAAAAUGAUUGGCCGAUUCGGACGCACUCUGCUCAAUCAUCUUGCUGGAAUAGACUGAAGUGCCUCUCCUUUAGGGACUUGUCCUCUGACAACAAAUCUUAAUGCCUUACUGUACAUUACUGCAUAUACAAUAUUUUACUCUGAACAAUUUUACAUUGUAGUUACAGGUUGAGAAAAAUAGCAAGAUACAUAUAUAUUUAUAUUUGUAUAUUUCUUAGUAUCAUGCUUCUAUGAACUUAGAUUAAAAAUGAACUGUUUAGUGUUUCUUAUAAUCGUAAUUAUGGAUGUUAUUUUGUCAUUUUUACUAUGUUUAAUUGGUAAAGGUCUAAAACUUUUGUGCAUACCCUUUGAUGUUUGAGCAUGACUGUGAAGUGUGACCUAUACUGUUUGUCUGUUCAGAGACUUGUGCACCACUGCCCCUACGCCUGUAAUGCUGUUGUAAAAUAAUUCUCCCAUUACUGUACAUACACGAGUAGCAUCAAUAAUAAUGCCAUUUACUUACACUAAA